GGUCCAGCUGACCUCUAACCCCUUGCCAGCCUUGACCCUCGCCCCGGGGCAUGCUGGGAGUUGUAGUCCCCAUCCCCAGUAGCGAAAACCGGUUCUGCCCGGGAUCCCCGCCUGGCACCAUCCUGAGCCUCGCGCUCGUGGGGACCGACGAGCCCAGAGGGACAGCGGGGAGCGUGCCCUGCCCAGUCCCGCCAGAGAAUGAGACUACAGCUCCCAGAAUGCACCGCGGCAGGAUGGCGGCUCGCCCUAUUGUAUCGUGAAGGAGGACUACGGCCCCCAACAUGCACCGCGGGCCGGAACCGAUCUCGGGACUACAACGCCCGGCAUGCAGCAAGCCAGGCGCAUGCGCUAGGCCGCGCUCAGGAGGUCGACUGCCCGUGGGGCCGGGGCCGGCAUGAACCUGGAGCGGGUCCCCAACGAGGAGAAGCUCAACCUGUGCCGGAAAUACUACCUGGGCGGCUUUGCCCUUCUGCCCUUUCUCUGGCUGGUCAAUGUGCUGUGGUUCUGCCGCGAGGCCUUCCUGGCACCCGCCUACACCGAGCAGCCGCAGAUCAAGAGUUAUGUCCAGCGCUCAGCCAUGGGGCUGCUGUUCUGGGUGAUCGUGCUGACCACAUGGGUCACCAUCUUCCAGACACACCGGGCCCGAUGGGGCGAGCUGGGCGACUACCUGUCCUUCACCAUCCCACUGGGCAUCCCCUGAUGGCACCCGGUGUGCUCAGAGGGCAUCCAGGGGGCGCCCUCCAGCUGGGACCAGGGGGGGUCAAGUCCCUGCCCCUCCUGCUAGAGCUGCCGUUCCUGGCUGGGGGUGCUGGUCCUCCGUGUACCCAGUUCUGCCCCGUGAUCCCACCUGGGCUGUGCCCCCCACUCCAGGAGAAUCAAUAAAGCUGAGGCCUGUUUCACCCUG